UGUGGUUUUUGUUAUUGACUUUGCUUAUUUUUCAUCAAUAUACGUGCAUUUAUACGUAUUUAUUUAUUCAAUUUUUUAUUUUUAUUUAUUUAUUUUUUUUUUGUUCAAAAACAACUGACUCCGUAGCCAACAAGAUCAGCAGGCGUCGUUGAGCGACGAAGAUCAAAGCUGGUUGUGCGCUACAGCGGCGCGGCGAGAAGAUACACUGAUUCAGUCAGCAGUGAUCAGCGAACGACGAGUACACCAAAGUGAACUCAACGGCAACGGCAACAGCAACGGAAAAGGCAACAACUAUUAGGCAACUCACCGAGCUAUCGACGUUUUUGCAUUGUAUCACGAUAUAUGUAUAUUAGGUAGUAUGUGGAAAACACGCGGGUGAAUGUGAAGAAACACGCGGCAUGCCGAAAAUCGAACCGAUCUAUCGAAGAAACGACAGUUUUCACACUUUUUACGGUGCAAAAUUUGCUGAUUUUUCAUAAUUUGCAUGAAAGUGCGCGCAUUACUUCUUGUAGAUAAUACUCAUUAUUAUCUUUUUGUUGCUGCAUUGUGUGUUUGUGCUUUUUUAUUAUAUUUGUUUCUUGCAACGUCUCCAAAGGCAUUGAAGUGUCGGUCAAAGUGAUGGUAAGCAGGCGGCGCGCAACAAUUUGCGGUCUCGGUCUUAAUGCUUCUAUGCCAAAGUGUAUUUAAGUUCACACAUUGUGCUUAUUGUUGUUGGCAUUAAUAUUGUAGAAUAAGUGAAAAAUAUUACUCGCUGCGAAAGCUAAAGGCAAAGCCAAUGAUAUUAAAAAGCCAUCGGAAGCGCAUAAAUAUUUACACAAGAAAAAAGUGACGCAAGAAAGAAAACUCAAACGGAGAGAGGAAUAGAGUUGAGGUGUUUUAUUGUAUAAUAAAAAAAAAAACAGCAUCUACAGACUACGUUGCAGUUUGCAGUGGUCGGGGCACAAAGAAGCGGCGUUGAAAAAUCUUGCUGAUAUUCCUCAAUACUCAAUACUUCCAGUGAAGCAGUCCUUGCCCCAUUAACGGAUACAUACCUACUUAGUAUAUCUCGACAUAGCAAAAAAGAAAUAAUCACUUCGCGAAAUCACCAAGUGAAACACGCCUGCUCAAACUAAAAUAAUUGCAAUUAGUCAGUAAUGAAUACCUGGUUGGAGAUACAGCAUUCACAAUCCAGCACAGAGGCAGGCACUGCUACACCAAUCACCACAAGUUCGACAGCAGCAAAGGGCAGCACGCGGCAACACACGCGACGGGCAGGUGGCGGUGUUGCACGCAACAAGCGAACACCAAGAACAAAAAGUGGUGGCAGCAUUGCUGGCGGAAUACUUGACACCUUCGGUCCGCGUUUUAAUCGUUUUCAGUCGGUCAACUACACCGCAUUGCAACAGGGUGAUCUCGAAGCAGGCGCGAGCGGUAGCAGCAAAAAUAGCAGCAACUAUCUCAGUGGCAGUGAACACGGCAGUAGCAGCGAGGAGGACAUUUUUCCCACACGCAGUAGCGAUACACCGCCGCCCAGAAGGAAAGCGCGCAGAAAAAUGGGGCGAAGACCAGGUUAUUCGAUGCGUGAUGCCUUCGAGGAGGGACGAGCGGUAAGUCAGAGACACACUUCAUACGUAUUUUGUAUAUUUUUACAUAUUUAAUUGUAACAUUUUUCGUAUGGCGCUUAAAUUGUAUAUUCGUAUGCAAAACACAGUUGCUGCCUAUUUAAUUUUUUCACCAAUAUGUGGAAUGUAGUUCGAUAUAAAGGCGCAAAAAUGUAAAUAAAAUAGAUACUUAUUUACACAUAUUUCUAUAAUUAAGUAUGUGUGUAUGUACGAAAUUUCGAAAGUGAUUUUUUGCGGAUCUGAGUGAGUGGCAAACAAUUCCAAUAAAUUGAAUUAACACACGCUCCCCUCUAAGCUCAAUUGCAUUGAUAGGCAUGCGAUCGCUCGCUCAAUGCGACAUCGUUUGGAAUUUCAAUUGAUCUUGUAAUUGCUGGUGUUUUAUCGCAGAUGCCUUUACUGUAAUUGCCUUACUUAAUUGAAUUUGCAUGAAACACGCGCGAAGUGGAGAUUUCUUGCGUCACGCGAUUUUACAGCUGUUCAUUGAAUUUUAAUAAAUAUUUGGACACACAUUUUCAUCUUUUUUAAUGAAGUUCUAGAAAGGUUUAAGUUUUUGAAUGAAAUACCAAAAAAAGUUAGGUGGAAAAAGGUGUGAGAAGGAAAAAUGCUGAUGUGUGUUUGUAGCCAA